ACCAACACAACAACAUCUCUUCCAGCUCCCACCAGCAACUACAAGAGAACAUCACAUCCUAGCUAGCUACUAGCUCGAGCUCUCAUCAGAAGAACAUACUGAUCAUCGAUCACCAGUCACCACCACCACCUAAGGCUCUCAGACGACCUCAGAGAUUGAAAGCCACACAUCAGCCAUGGGGCUCCUUCCUACCGACCGCAUGGACAGCCUCUUCUCCCCGCGCUGCCAGUGGGUGAACGGCCCCAUCAUCGUGGGCGCGGGGCCCUCGGGUCUCGCCGUGGCGGCGUGCCUGCGCGAGCAGGGCGUCCCCUACGUCAUGCUGGAGCGCGCCGACUGCAUCGCGUCGCUGUGGCAGAGGCGCACCUACGACCGCCUCAAGCUGCACCUGCCCAAGCAGUUCUGCGAGCUGCCGCGCAUGCCCUUCCCCGACCACUACCCGGAGUACCCCACCCGCCGCCAGUUCAUCGACUACCUCGAGGACUACGCCGCCAGGUUCGAGAUCAGGCCGGAGUUCAGCACCACGGUGGUGUUGGCGCGCUACGACGAGACGUCGGGCCUCUGGCGCGUCACCACCUCGGCGCCCGCCAACGGUGGCGACGUGGAGUACAUCGGCCGCUGGCUCGUCGUCGCCACCGGCGAGAACGCCGAGGCCGUCGUGCCCGACAUCCCGGGUCUCGGCGGCUUCCACGGCAAGGUCACCCACGUCAGCGACUACAAGUCAGGGGAGGCCUACGCCGGGAAGCGCGUGCUCGUGGUCGGCUGCGGCAACUCCGGGAUGGAGGUGUCGCUCGACCUCUCCGACCACGGGGCCCGCCCGGCCAUGGUCGUGCGCGACGCCGUGCACGUCCUCCCCCGUGAGGUGCUCGGCAAGUCCACCUUCCAGCUCGCCGUGCUCCUCAGGCGCUGGCUCCCGCUCUGGCUCGUCGACAAGAUCAUGGUCAUCCUCGCCUGGCUCGUCCUGGGCAACCUCGCCAAGCUCGGCCUCCGACGCCCCGCCGCCGGCCCGCUCGAGCUCAAGGAGACACACGGCCGCACACCCGUCCUCGACACCGGCGCGCUCGCGCGCAUCCGUGCCGGAGAUAUCGCCGUCGUCCCUGCCGUGACACGUUUCGGAAAGGGCGGCCAGGUUGAGCUCGCCGACGGACGCACUCUUGACUUCGACGCCGUCAUCCUCGCCACCGGAUACCGCAGCAACGUUCCCCAGUGGCUCGAGAGCAGCAACGAUUCCUUCAACAAGGAAGGAUACCCCAAGACGGCCUUCCCUCACGGGUGGAAGGGUCAAUCUGGGCUCUACGCCGUGGGUUUCACCCGGCGUGGUCUCUUGGGCGCCUCCACCGACGCCGUGCGCAUUGCCAAGGACCUCGGCAACGUCUGGAGGGAGGAGACCAAGCCCACGAAGAGGGCCGGCGCCUGCCACAGGCGCUGCAUCUCCGUCGUCUUCUAAUCCGACCCACCAGCAUGACGACGACGAAUGAAGCUAACUUAAUUACUGAAGCACACACAAACAGACACACAGACAGAUACACUUGUUCGUUCAUGGUGUUUUAGUUAGUCAGUCCAAUCCCCUUGGUUCGUUGUUCAUUAAUUUGUUCUUUGCCUGCCAGGUACAUUAGUAGUAAUACGGUGAGAGUGAGUUGAGUAAAAAAAAAAACAUGGAGCCCUCCCAUCAGUAGGGAAGAAGUGAGUGAGCCCUAGAGGGGAUUUUUUUUACUGCAGCUAUGGCCGCUAGCUUGGUGUAUAGUAGCAACCUGUUGAUGGAAGAAGAGGCUCUCUUUAUUUUUCAUUGACCUACCAGCAUGUAAAUUAUUUAAUUUAUUUGUUGUUCUAUACACACCACCGGUGUAUUAGUUACUCUACUGCAGUUUGUAGCUUGUAGUAGUAGCCAGUUUUAGUACUGUAUGGUUAUAGUGAUGAAGAGGUAUAUCACAUCUUGUUGAA